ACAGACUCCAAGAUGACUGCGGUGGAAGUAAUAUCCGGCUACAAAUACUACGGCAAGGCGAACGAUCCGAACAAAAAGAUCGUUCUGAAUCAUCUCAACAUGAGCGUUACCCGCGGCUCGAUUUACGGACUUCUGGGUGCCUCCGGUUGCGGCAAAACCACACUACUGUCCUGCAUCGUGGGGCGAAAGUUUCUCAACGAUGGCGAAAUUAACGUGCUCGGUGGAACACCCGGCACAGCCGGUUCGGGCGUGCCAGGGCCCCGGAUCGGCUACAUGCCACAGGACAUCGCCCUCGUGGAGGAGUUCACAAUCAAAGAAACGAUCUACUAUUUCGGCAGAAUAUAUGGCAUGUCGAAGGAGAAGAUCCGCGAGCGGUACAAACUGUUGAAGCACCUGCUGGAGCUGCCCGGUGACGAUCGGUACGUCGGCAACUGUAGCGGUGGUCAACAGCGGCGGGUUUCGUUCGCUGCGGCAAUGGUGCACGAACCGGAGCUGCUCAUACUGGACGAACCGACCGUCGGGCUGGAUCCGUUGCUGCGCGAAAAGAUAUGGCAGUACCUAGUCGAAACGACGAGUACAAGCAAAAUGGCUGUGAUUAUAACGACACAUUACAUCGAGGAGGCAAAGCAGGCGGGUUUUAUUGGGCUGAUGCGGAAUGGCAUACUGCUGGCGGAGGACACACCGACCAAUAUCCUGGAGCGGUUCUCCUGCACGUCGCUCGAGGAAGCGUUUCUCAACCUCUGCCAGAAGCAUGGCCCCUCCGAGGAGGCCGACCGGACGACACACCAGACGCAAACGCUACGAGCGAUUGCGGGCGCGCAGGACCUUAAGAAGGUGAUACCGGCGCUGACGACGAACGAACAGAAGGCAAAGGACGGGGGAGGCUUGUUUGCGGAAAAGCGAAAACCACUCACCAGCACGAUCAAGGAGCUGGUUAGCUUCACGAACAAGCGGCGCAUGAAUGCACUGCUGUCGAAGAACUUCCUCCAGAUGGUCCGACAACCGGCCGGGAUGGUCUUCCUGUUCCUGUAUCCGAUAUUUCAGCUGGUAAGUUUCUACAUCGCGGUCGGCGGCAACCCGAAGGAUCUGCGGCUGGGGAUCGUGAACGACGAGCUGGCAAACAUUCGGCAGUGUUUCAACGAGUCGCUCAUAACCACCUACUACCGCGAGGACUACGACUGUGAUCUGUACAAAGUAUCGUGUAGAUUUUUGGAAAAACUCAACCGUAGUGUAGCGAUACAGGAAUACUACGACACGUACGAGGAUGCGUAUCGCGAUGCCCGGAAGGGCAAAAUUCUUGGGUUCAUACACUUCUCGGAAAACUUCACCGAGUCGCUGCAGGACGUGCGGGACAAUGUGCGGGACGCGGACUACGGUUCGUUCCACACGUCCGAGAUAAAGGUGUAUCUGGACAAAUCGGACCAGCAGAUUACGUUCUUCAUCGAGAAGAAGCUGCUGCAAACGUAUCGCGAGUUUGCCGAAAGUCUCAUGUCCGACUGCCGGUUGCCGAAGCAGCUUGCCAACAUACCGAUCACCUUCGAGACGCCCGUGUACGGCACGUUCGAUGAGGAGUUUACCGACUUCAUGGCACCGGGUGUCGUGAUGACGAUGAUCUUCUUUCUGGCUACGCUGAUUACGGCCACCAUCUUCAUCACGGAUCGGUUGGAGGGAGUAUGGGACCGAACGAUCGUGGCCGGCAUUACGGCACUGGAGCUACUGCUGGCACACAUUAUCACACAAACGUCCAUUAUGUUGCUGCAGUGUCUGGAAAUUAUUCUACUCGCCACAUUCCUCUUCGAUGCACAGAACCAGGGAAGCAACAUCACUGUCGUGGGCCUGUUGAUGCUUUUAGGCUUUGCCGGAAUGCUGUACGGUCUACUAAUAUCGAUCUUUUGUGAUGCACAUUCAACCGCGAACUUUAUGGCGACCGGUAGCUUCUAUCCCAUGAUCAUCCUGUGCGGUAUAAUGUGGCCCCUGGAGGGUAUGCCUCAGUAUCUGCAGUACGUUGCAUACUGCUUCCCCUUCACCAUUCCAUCGAUAGCGGUGCGGAACGUUCUAACCAAGGGUUGGAGCAUCACCAACUCGCAAGUGUACAUGGGAUACGGUGCGGUGGGCGUAUGGAUCAUAAGCCUACUAUUACUGUGCCUGCUGGGAUUGAAGAUCAAGAAAUAG